AUGUCUGCAUUCUCUUCAAGUUCUCCCCUUCUACUGUUAUUAAUCUAUUUGGCUUUUGACUCAACAGAAAUUAAAAAUGGUUCAGCGUCUGAUCGCCAUAGGUGGUCCUACAACGCAGCUUCCAACAAAACUUGGCUGACAGGAACCCCAGGUAAUAGAAUUGUUUACCUUUAUACUAAGAAAGUUGGAAAAGUACCAAAAUCAGCCUGUGGUGUGUGCCCAGGAGGACUUCGAGGUGUUCGUGCAGUGAGACCUAAAGUUCUUAUGAGGCUUUCAAAGACCAAAAAGCAUGUCAGCAGGGCUUAUGGUGGCUCCAUGUGUGCUAAAUGUGUCCAUGACAGGAUCAAGCAUGCUUUCCUGAUUGAGAAGCAGAAAAUUGUUGUGAAGGUGUUGAAGGCACAGGUACAGAGUCAAAAAAGUAAAUAA